AUGUUGUUCAUUGAUUUUGAAUAUCACUUUCUCUUUUGUUUCUCUCUCUUUCUCUUUUGUUUCUCUCUCUUUCUCUUUUGUUUCUUUUUUUUCUUUUGUUUUUCUCUUUGUUUUUUGUUUCUUUCUUUUUUGUUUUUUUUCUUUCUUUCUUUUUUCUUUUGUUUCUUUCUCUUUGUUUCUUUCUCUUUUGUUUCUUUCUCUUUUGUUUCUUUCUCUUUUGUUUCUUUCUCUUUUGUUUCUUUCUCUUUUGUUUCUUUCUCUUUUGUUUCUUUCUCUUUUGUUUCUUUCUCUUUUGUUUCUCUCUCUUUCUUUUUUUGUUUCUCUCUCUUUCUUUUUUUGUUUCUCUCUCUCUUACUCUCUUACUCUAUCUCUUUCUUACUCUUUCCCUCUCUCUUACUCACUUACUCUCUUUCUUACUCUUUCCCUCUCUCUCUUACUCUCUUACUCUUUCCCUCUCUCUCUUCUUUUCCUCUCUUCUCUCUCUCUCUCUUACGUCUUUCCCUCUCUCUCUCUUACUCUUUCCCUCUCAGAAAUUAUUUUUUUUGCUUUGACCUCAUUUUCAUGCAGGCUUUCUUGUCCUCCAAUCCCUUUUUCUCUCUUGCUAUCCAAGACUUAGUUGUGAGGGUGAAACGUGCCCAGCAAGCUGGUGCUAUCAUCUAUUCUGGGAUCACGUCAGAACAAGCUGCCAGAAAUACCAGUUCCAAUGGCCUGGGUCUGCUCCCCGUCCUCGCCAGUCCCAGUGGCCUGCGUCUGCUCCCCGUCCUCGCCAGUCCCAGUGGCCUGCGUCUGCUCCCCGUCCUCCGCCAGUCCCAGUGGCCUGCGUCUGCUCCCGUCCUCGCCAGUCCCAGUGGCCUCGUCUGCUCCCCGUCCUCGCCAGUCCCAGUGGCCUCCCCGUCCUCGCCAGUCCCUGGCCCGGCCUGCUCCUCGCCAGUCCCAGUGGCCUGCGUCUGCUCCCCGCCCCUCGCCAGUCCCAGUGGCCUGCGCCUGCUCCACGUUCCUGCCAGUCCCAGUGGCUCGCGUCUGCUCCCGUUCCCUCGCCAGUCCCAGUGGCCUCGUCUGCUCCCCCGUCCUCGCCAGUCCCAGUGGCCUGCGUCUGCUCCCCGUCUCGCCAGUCCCAGUGGCCUCGUCUGCUCCCGUCCCUCGCCAGUCCCAGUGGCCUGCGUCUGCUCCCCGUCCUCGCCAGUCCCAGUGGCCUGCGUCUGCUCCCGUCCCUGCCAGUCCCAGUGGCGCCAGUCCCCGUCCUCGCCAGUCCCAGUGGCCUGCGUCUGCUCCCGUCCCGCCAGUCCCAGUGGCCAGCGUCUGCUCCCGUCCUCGCCAGUCCCAGUGGCCUGCGUCCCCGUCCUCGCCAGUCCCAGUGGCCUGCGUCUGCUCCCCGUCCUCGCCAGUCCCAGUGGCCUGCGUCUGCUCCCCGUCCUCGCCAGUCCCAGUGGCCUGCGUCUGCUCCCCGUCCUCGCCAGUCCCAGUGGCCUGCGUCUGCUCCCCGUCCUCGCCAGUCCCAGUGGCCUCGUCUGCUCCCGUCCUCGCCAGUCCCAGUGGCCUGCGUCUGCUCCCGUCCUCAGUCCCAGUGGCCUGCGUCUGCUCCCCGUCUCGCCAGUCCCAGUGGCCCGUCUGCUCCCGUCGCCAGUCCCAGUGGCCUGCGUCUGCUCCCCGUCCUCGCAAGUCCCAGUGGCCUGCGUCUGCUCCCCGUCCUCGCCAGUCCCAGUGGCCUGGAACAUGUCCAAUUUUGCUACAAGCAGCAUAGAGGCUGAAGUUGGGACCGAAGGGCCAGAUAGUAGAAUGUCACCUGUACGACGUACUUUCUGCUUAUUGGUGACCUUUGAUAUAAUCUUCACCUUCAUCCUCUGGGUGAUAUACACACAGCUGAAAGCUGACAACAUAGCAUGGGCACCUUAUGUAGAAGAAGUCCUGCAUUAUUCAAUAAAACAUUCUAUGUUUGAUAUUGUGAUGGCUGCUGCUUCUCGAUUUGUGCUACUGAUCCUUGCUUAUGCUCUUUUUAGAAUACAACAUUGGUGGAUGGUUGCAGUUACUACAUUUUCAACGUGUGCAUUUCUUCUUGCCAAAUGUUUCAUAUUUAAAUUUUCACGGAAAAAUAAUAAUUCUAAUCCACUCAGCUAUGCCUUACUGCUUGUAUCCUUUGUGAUUUGUUGGAUUGAAACGUGGUUGCUUGAUUUUAAAGUCCUGCCACAAGAAAGAACAAGCCAAUUAAGAGAAACUCUUUCUACUGUGGUCAAUGAAAGGACACCAUUAUUAUCUGGAAGAGAUAAUCUUCAACCGGAUAAUGCUUCAACAAUUCCUGAUGAGUUUCAUUCACCAAUUGACAGUCCAAAUGCUUUCUUUCGUCUAUCCUUGCAGUGUUUUCUUUACCAAUUUCUUUCUUUCUUUCGUCUAUCCUUGCAGUGUUUUCUUUACCAAUUUCUUUCUUUCUUUCGUCUAUCCUUGCAGUGUUUUCUUUACCAAUUUCUUUCUUUCUUUCGUCUAUCCUUGCAGUGUUUUCUUUACCAAUUUCUUUCUUUCUUUCGUCUAUCCUUGCAUUCAUUUCUUAUUGAAUUCCUUUCUUUCUUCUAUCCUUGCAGUCUUUUCUUUGUGAAUUUCUUAGAUGGGUGA